AUGGUGUGCACCAGCCGCCUAAGCGCGGUCGCAGCUCCUGCCCCCGCCGCUGCUCCCCCGCCUGCCGAGCUGGAGGAGGUGGAUGUGGCAAUGCAGCAGCUGGCCGCCAAGAAGGCGGCGUGGGCGGCGGCGCCCCUCGAGGAGCGCAUUUCCGUGCUGCAGGAGAUUCGGGCGAGGCUGCUGGAUCAGCUGCUGCCGUGGAGCCGCGCCACCGCGGGCAUCCGCUGCUCCACGCGGGACGGCCAGGUGGCCAGCGACGUGAUGCUGACGGUCUUGUGCGUGGCGGGGCAGCUGGAUGGCUACAUCCGCUCCCUGGAGCACCUCAAAAAGUACGGCUGCAUGCCGCGCCCGCCCUCCACCACCAGGGACGGCCAGUCCAUUGUGGAUGCCUUCCCCCAGGGCUUCAAGGAGAGCAAGCUCAGCCUGCUGGGGCUGGGCGGCGCCACUGUCAAGCUCUACCUGCAGCCUGGCAAGCCAGAGACGCAGGGCCACUUCUACCGCGAACCCCACAGCGGCAAGCUGGCCGUUGUGCUGGGCGCAGGCAACCAGCACCACCUGGCGCUGUCUGAUGCGCUUCACAUGGCCAUCCCGGCCGCCCCGUUCAUCGACUAUGUGCUUGAGCCGCUGGCCCGCCGCGGCUACUUUGCCAGCUCCACCAACCCGUCGCUGGAGGUGACCCAGCGCAUGCUGUACAGCCCGCUCACCGACUGCGUGCACAUGACGGGCGGCACCGCGACUCAUGAUGCCAUUGUCUGGGGGAGCGACCCGGCGGAGCAAGCCCGCCGCCGCGCCGACAACGACCCGCUGCUCAAGGUCCCCAUCAGCAGCGAGCUUGGCUGCGUCACGCCCUGGCUGGUGGUGCCGGGGGAGUGGAGUGAGAAGGAGCUCACUCACCAGUCGCGAGCCCUGGCAGAAGCCCUGGCCAGCAACUGCUCCUGCAACUGCCUGGCCCCCAAGGUCAUCCUGAUGGCGGAGGGCUGGGCCCAGGCAGACCAGUUUGUGGCGGCCGUGAAGGCGGAGCUUGGGCAGCUGCCGCUGCCGGCGCCCUACUACCCAGGCAUCCGCCAGCGCUACCAGGCCUUCAAGGAUGCCUACCCGCAGGCAAGCAGCCUGGAAAAGUGGGCGACACGCGCUGCCUGCGGCGAGCCGCUGCCCUACCUGGUCAACGAGCUGCCCGCCUACCCGGCAGAUGCAAAGAGCGAGUACGCCUUCAGGAUGGCAGUGGACGGUGAGGGCAGCCUGGUUGAGGCCUUCCUGGAACAGGCGGUGCGGGCGGCCAACGAGGACCUGUGGGGCAGCCUGUCCUGCUCCCUGCUGGUUGACCCGACCACCGAGGCGGCCCACGGCGCCGCGGUGCAGCGCGCGCUGGACGGCCUGCGCUAUGGCAGCGUGUCGGUCAACGCCUGGAGCGCCAUGGGCUUCCUCCCUGCCGCGAGCCACUGGGGCGCGUUUGGCGGUGAGCAGACCAUUGCCGACAUCGGCUCCGGGCUGGGUGCCAUCCACAACUGCUACAUGUUCGACCACACCCAGAAAGCCGUGGUGCGCACCCCUUUCCUCUCCGCCGCCCACCCGCUACCAGCCCAGUACGCGCCGCUCCCGCUGGGCGUCGCCAAGGUGAUCGCAGGGCUGACCCACAGCGGUGUGUGGGGCGCACUGAAGAUGGUGUUUGCCCGCUGA